GUACAAUAAAGCGGGUUUUGUCAAAACUUUAAGUGAUUGACGAGUGUUUUGGUUUUAAAGGGCGUUUGGACAUUCAGCUAUUUUGUUAAACUGGCUAACGUUGCAUUCUUGACUUAGCUACUCACUGUUACGUGGACUAUGUCCACACGUGGUGCAUUUGCAUUGUCAAACUUUGUUAGGUUGGAAAAAAUUGGUGAAGGGACAUAUGGUGUUGUAUAUAAGUGUAGAAACAAAGUCACUGGCAAGUUUGCAGCUCUGAAGAAAAUCAGACUUGAGAGUGAUGAGGAAGGAGUCCCGUCGACUGCUAUUCGUGAGAUUUCCCUUCUGAAGGAGUUGCAACAUCCCAAUAUCGUGAAUCUUGAGCAGGUGAUUAUGGAAGAUGGUCGUUUGUACUUAGUUUUUGAAUAUCUCAACGUGGAUUUGAAACGCUAUUUGGAAGACAGUGGAAGAAAUAGUUUACUAGAUGCUGAGACUGUUAAAAGCUUCAUGUACCAAAUGCUCCAAGGUCUGUUGUUUUGUCACGGCAGGAGGGUUAUUCAUCGGGAUUUGAAGCCCCAAAACAUCCUCGUAGACAUCGGGAGAAAGAUUGUGAAGCUUGCGGAUUUUGGCUUGGCUCGCGCUUUUGGAAUCCCUGUGCGCGUAUUGACCCAUGAGGUCGUCACGCUAUGGUAUCGUGCUCCAGAAAUCUUACUUGGAGCACAGAGGUAUUCUUGUGCCGUGGAUAUGUGGUCCAUGGGUUGUAUUUUUGCUGAAGUUGCGACAAAGGAAGCGUUGUUUCGAGGUGAUUCGGAAAUUGAUCAACUCUUUCGUAUCUUCCGUCUGCUUGGCACUCCAUCAGAAGAAGUUUGGCCAGGAGUUUCAAGUUUGCCAGAAUAUCAAAAGAAAGAUUUUCCCGCAUGGCACAAUUCAAAGUUAUGUAUCCACGAGAAUAUAUCUAAAGCUUUCAGCGAUGCUGGUCUUGAGUUGCUUCAAGCCAUGUUAAUUUACGAACCUUCACGGCGCAUUACAGCAAGGGAUGCACUUUUACAUCCUUAUUUUUCUGAUUUAAACAAAUCUCUUGUGCCAGCAACUGGUGAAGAGUAUAUUGGUCUACCAUUAGACCAGUUACCACGAGAAAUUGCUGCAGUGUUUCUUGCAGAUGCCGGUGGAGUAUAUCACAAUUUGAAUGAUAAUGAAAAUAAGAUCUGUAAAACGGUGCAACCCGGUACCAUAGAUUUGGGAAGUGCAGAGUAUCCUACAUCAAAGUAUCUAAGUGAUUGCCAGAAAGAAGAGCUUGAAAUGGUGGAUGUAAUAGAUUCGAAGCCUAGUCGUCAUGUGGCACCGUUGGCAGAUAAUCAUGAGACAAAUAUGUCAAUUGGCUAACUGUUUAGUAAAACCGACUGAGAAAAACUUGAAUUUUAUUCAUUGUAUACUUGUUGUUUUCUAAUCUUUUUACUAUUUUCCUGACGUAACACUGUGAAUAUAUUCUUAAGAAAUAUUACUUGUUGAUACGAUGAUAAAUCAGUACUAGUGAAUACAAGGAAACUGGAAUAAUUGUAUGUACGGUAGUCAAAACUGGGAUUAUGCUGAAGAAACAAGUGAGGAGAAAUCAAAUAUUCAAAAUUAAAGUGAAUGCAACGUAUUCAUACUUCUAUGCUACCACAGUUCCACUUUUGGCCAUCAUGCUUGCAGUUUUGAAAGAUCGGAUUUGGUUAAUUUUCAGUUUGCACAUGAAGUAUCUGAGCAACAAUGGGAAUUUAACUUUGAGAUUUGCCUUAGAGUUACUGCAAUUUCGGAUGAAGUUAUUUUAUGCGAAUCUAUCCGCCUCGAUGUCAUAUUCGUUUCGUUUUUUUCUUGUAUUGUAACACUUACGUGAUCAAACAUUUCCUUGAUCCGAAAAGUAUCGUGAUACUAAAAGGCGGAUGAGCGCUGGCUUCGGUUACUGAGCUUUUUACAGCGAAG